CAUAGAUUUGUGGUUCUCUAAGAAUUGCAUUCCUAUCCAUAAAAAGUUCGAAAUCAUGGAAAAGAUAGUGCAACUAAAACUUGAAGAAAACAUUGAUGUUGAUGUGGAAAAUAUCCUUUCUUAUCUUCCCCGUGAAUUACAAAAUUACAUCAAAAGUUGGAUUCAGAAGAUUGAAGAGAAAGGUCAAGCAGUUGAUCGCUGGUUAUUUGAAAAUGGCAUCCAUAAGCAUAAAAGGUCAGAAAUCAUGAAGAAGGUACAACAAGAACUCGAAAAGGAUCGGGACGUUGCUGUGGAGAACAUUCUCUCCAUUCUUUCCCGGGAACUUCAAAACUAUAUCAAAACUUGUAUACAGAAGAAGGAAAAUAAAGGUCAAGAGGUAGACAAGUGGUUGUAUACAAAUGGCAUCCAUAUACGUAACAAAUCGAAGAUCAUGGAGAAGGUGCAACAAGAACUUCAAGAAGACAAAGAUGUUGACGUGGAGGAUAUUCUCUCCAUUCUUCCCCCAGCACUUCAAAGCUACAUAACAGAUCGUAUCAAAAAGUUGGAAGCAAAAGAUCAACAAGUUCAUUUCUGGCUAUCUAAAAACCGUAUCCCUAUGCGUACAAAGUCAGAAAUCAUGGAAAAGGUACGACAAGAGCUUCAAGAAGACAGAGAUGUUGAUGUGGAGAAUGUUCUUUCUAUUCUUUCUGAUAAACUACAAAGCUACAUCACUAAGUUUCUUCAAACUAUUGAUGAGAAAGACAGAGAUCUUGAUCUUUGGUUCUCUAAAAAUGCCAUUUCUAAGCAGAUAAGAUCAGAAAUCAUAAAGAAGGUGCAACAAGAACUUCAAGAAGACAAGGACGUCGAUGUGGAGAAUAUGCUCUCUAUUUUUCCCCCUAAACUCCAAAGAUACAUAGCAGGUUGUGUGCAAAAAAUGGAAGACAAAAGUCUAGCAGUCCAGUUGUGGUUAUGUGAACAUGCCAUCCCUCUGCAUAAAAGUUCAGAGAUCAUGGAAAAGGUACGACAAGAGCUUCAAGAAGACAAAGAUGUUGACGUGCAGAAUAUUCUCUCCAUUCUUCCCCCAGCACUUCAAAACUACAUAACAGAUCGUAUCAAAAAGUUGGAAGCAAAAGAUCAACAAGUUCAUUUCUGGCUAUCUAAAAACCAUAUCCCUAUGCGCACAAAGUCAGAAAUCAUGGAAAAGGUACGACAAGAGCUUCAAGAAGACAGGGAUGUUGAUGUGGAGAAUGUUCUUUCUCUUCUUCCUGAUAAACUACAAAGCUACAUCACUAAGUUUCUUCAAACUAUUGAUGAGAAAGACAGAGAUCUUGAUCUUUGGUUCUCUAAAAAUGCCAUUUCUAAGCAGAUAAGAUCAGAAAUCAUAAAGAAGGUCCAACAAGAACUUCAAGAAGACAAGGACGUCGAUGUGGAGAAUAUGCUCUCUAUUUUUCCCCCUAAACUCCAAAGAUACAUAGCAGGUUGUGUGCAAAAAAUGGAAGACAAAAGUCGAGCAGUCCAUUUGUGGUCAUGUGAACAUGCCAUCCCUUUGCAUAAAAGUUCAGAGAUCAUGGAAAAGGUACGACAAGAGCUUCAAGAAGACAAAGAUGUUGACGUGCAGAAUAUUCUCUCCAUUCUUCCCCCAGCACUUCAAAGCUACAUAACAGAUCGUAUCAAAAAGUUGGAAGCAAAAGAUCAACAAGUUCAUUUAUGGCUAUCUAAAAACCGUAUCCCUAUGCGUACAAAGUCAGAAAUCAUGGAAAAGGUUCGACAAGAGCUUCAAGAAGACAGGCAUGUUGAUGUGGAGAAUGUUCUUUCUAUUCUUCCUGAUAAACUACAAAGCUACAUCAAAAAGUUUCUUCAAACUAUUGAUGAGAAAGACAGAGAUCUUGAUCUUUGGUUCUCUAAAAAUGCAAUUUCUAAGCAGAUAAGAUCAGAAAUCAUAAAGAAGGUGCAACAAGAACUUCAAGAAGACAAGGACGUCGAUGUGGAGAAUAUGCUCUCUAUUUUCCCCCCUAAACUCCAAAGAUACAUAGCAGGUUGUGUGCAAAAAAUGGAAGACAAAAGUCGAGCAGUGCAUUUGUGGUCAUGUGAACAUGCCAUCCCUUUGCAUAAAAGUUCAGAGAUCAUGGAAAAGGUACGACAAGAGCUUCAAGAAGACAAAGAUGUUGACGUGCAGAAUAUUUUCUCCAUUCUUCCCCCAGCACUUCAAAGCUACAUAACAGACCGUAUCAAAAAGUUGGAAGCAAAAGAUCAACAAGUUCAUUUCUGGCUAUCUAAAAAUCGUAUCCCUAUGCGUACGAAGUCAGAAAUCAUGGAAAAGGUACGACAAGAGCUUCAGGAAGGCAGGGAUGUUGAUGUGGAGAAUGUUCUAUCUGUUCUUCCUCCUGAGCUUCAAACCUAUAUCAAUGAAUUUUUGCAGAAGAUUGAAGAGAAAGUUACAGAGGUUGAUUUUUGGUUAUUUCAAAAUGGCAUCCCUAUGCAUAACAGAUCAGAGAUUGUGGAAAAGGUAAGACAAGAACAUCAGUUAGAAAAGGAUGUUGACGUGGAGAAUAUGCUCUCCAUUUUCCCCCCAAAACUGCGAAAACAGAUAAAAACUUGUAUGCAAAGGAUGGAAGACAAAGGUGAAGAGGUUCAUAAGUGGUUAUCUCAAAAUUGUCUCCCUAUGCAUAAAGAGUCAGAUAUCAUGGAAAAGGUAAGACAGCAACUUCAAGAAGAUAGAGAUAUUGAUGUCAAUAAUAUCCUUUCUAUUCUUCCGCUCAAACUUCAAAGUUAUUUCCAAAAUUUCAGAGACAAAAUGGAAGUGAAAAGUCAAGCGGUUGAUUUGUGGUUAUCCAAAAACCGCAUCCCUAUGGGUAAAAAAUCAGAGAUCAUGGAAACGGUACGACAAGAGCUUGAAAGAGACAGAGAUGUUGAUGUGGAGAAUAUCCUCUGUAUUCUUCCCAAUGACCUUCAGAAAUCUAUCAAAAAUUUUAUGCAGAAUAUUAAAAAGAAAGAUCAAGAGGUUGAUUUUUGGUUACAUAAAAAUGGCAUCCCUAUGCAUACAAAAUCAGAGAUCAUGGAGAAGAUUCAACAAGAACUUGAAGUAGACAGGGUUGUUAAUGUAGAAGACAUGCUCUCUAUUUUCCCCAGCAAACUUCAAGUCUUAAUCAAAGGUUGUAUAAAGAAGAUGGAAGACAAAGGUCAAGAGGUUCAUGACUGGUUAAAUAAAAAUCACUUCCCUAUGCAUAAAAAAUCUGAGAUCAUGAAAAAGGUACAAAAAGAACUUCAAGAAGAGAGGGAUGUUGAUGUGAAGAAUAUUCUCUCUAUUCUUCCAUCUGAUCUUCGAAAAUACAUCCAAGAAUUUGUGCACAAGGUGGAAGAGAGAGAUGCGGAGGUUGAUUCGUGGUUAUCAAAAAAUGGCAUCCCUAUGCUUAUGAAGUCGGUGAUUAUGGAAAUAGUACUACACGAACUCGAAAAGAAAAGAGAACCUGAUCUGGAGAAUAUUAUCUCCAUUCUUCCCCCCAAACUUCGGAGCUCUAUCGCAAGUUGUUUGCCGUUAAGUAGGCUGAAGAAAGUGCCAUUGCUUAAAGAAAUGAAGGAAGAAGUGCUGAAAGCAAUUUGUAAGCGUCUUGUGCCCAAAAAGUACACUGAUAUGGAUACCAUUACCAGAGAGAAUGAUUCACUUAAAGUGAUGAUUUUCAUCGUGGACGGAACUGUUACCAUUGAAAAGAGAAAAGUGGAGUUUCAGAGAUCUGCAGGAGACUUUUGCGGUGAGCGACUUCUACUUUGGCCAUCGUCGGCCUGCUUCCCCAACAGCCAAAUACCCUCAGCAAUGGAGACUGCUAGGGCCAGUGGUAUCGUUGAAGCCCUCGUUCUUAUGGCCAGUGACAUAGAGAGUGUAGGCUUCCAAUUCAAAUCACAGUGGAACCUCUCUCAUUCUGAUAAACUCACUAUGCUAAAGAGUGUGCCAAAGCUUCAAAGGGUGGAUGAAGAAGUAGUGAAAAAAAUAGCUCAGCAUCUUAAGCAUCAUAAGAUCUAUAAGGGGAGCAAGAUCAUUGAAAAGAACUCACCAGUUAAAUCAAUAUUCUUCAUCAAUGAGGGCACUGUAUUAUUUGAUGAAGGUUGUGGAGAGAAAGUUGAGCGUUACGCAGGAGAAUUCUAUGGAGAAGUACUCCUAGAUUGGGUCUUAGAUGCGUCCUUUCCUGAAGUAACCCCAUUGUCAACUUAUUCAGCUGCUUCCGCUGGCAAUGCAGAAAUUCUUGUUCUCACUGCGAAAGACUUGCAUGAAGUAACUUCUGACCAUAGGUCACACUUUGACACCCUUCCAAGGGAUUCUCAAUUAGACCUUUCAACUUUUGUCAAGGUGACAAGGCUAAAGAAUGUGCCAAAGCUUAGAAAAAUGGAUGAGGAAGUGUUGAAAGCAAUCUCUGAGCGUCUUGUGCUCAAGCCGUGUGCUACGAAGCAGUUUUUGCUUUACGGGAAUGAGGAUGAUCUACUUGAGAAGAUGUUCUUUGUUGUGAGUGGUGUUGUGGCUAUUCAAAACGAAGCUGCUCAGAUUAUGGAGUACCGAUACCCAGGAGAAUUCUAUGGAGAGCAGCUUAUAGAUUGGGCAUUAUCGACAUCAUCGACCUCUUCUCCUGGCUUACCUAAAUCAAGAACCUUUGCCAGAUGUUUGGAAAAAAGUGAACUCCUCGUUCUCAUGGCCAGCGACUUGAAGAAUGUAGUCUCCGAAUACAGGUCGCAUUUCAGCUAGUAAGACGGAUUGUCAGUCUCCAACUAAAUUUCAUCUGAAUAUCCACCAUCCUCCCUUGUCGGUUUUCUCUCCAGAGAUGAUUACCUUGCCCGCCAUCUUCGUGAAUCGUGAUUUCAUUAUUUGAUGGCCUCAGCUAACCGGAAUCUAAAAUUGCUGCUGCAUAUUGUUGAAGGAAAAUCGACUUAGGGUGCCUUAUCAAACUAGGAGUAGUAAUAGGAGAGAAGGUUAAAGAAUUCCAAAUUCUAGACGGAUUAGUAUUCCUUGUAACAUUAGAAUAUGUACUUUUAUAAUCUCGCUCCUAUUCUCAAUAAUAAUACACAA